ACAGGAGGCGCUGGUCAGCCGGCGACAACGACCGGGAGUCCUGGGGCAGGGUGGCCCAGGACGGCGACUUUCCAAACAUAAAGCGUAAAACUACGCAUAAAGCUGGGAGCUAAAGCCGAGGGUGUAGGUAGAAUGGCGCCCGCGGAGCCCGCGUCCUCCGGGCACUUCCGGCAUUGGCAUCUGGUUUCCGGAAGCCAGGAAGGCGUCCCCAUGACGACCGAGGAUGGCUCUUUGAGCAGAUCCUUGCCUUAGAGCAAGAGAAACAGCCGUGAUUCAGACUGCAGGCCUCUUCUGUGUGGGUGCGAGAGCCAGGAGCUGUUUUCUGGAAAACUCUGGAAUGUGCCCCUGGAGGCCCAAGAGAGCAGAAGGAAGAUGCUCCAGACCAGUAACUACAGCCUGGUGCUCUCGCUGCAGUUCCUACUGCUGACCUAUGACCUCUUUGUCAAUUCCUUCUCGGAGCUCCUCCGAAUAGCGCCCGUCAUCCAGCUCGUCCUCUUCAUCCUCCAGGACGUUGCAAUUCUCUUCAACAUCAUCAUCGUUUGCCUCAUGUUCUUCAACACCUUCGUCUUCCAGGCAGGGCUGGUCAACCUCCUGUUCCACAAGUUCAAAGGCACCAUCCUCCUGACAGUGGUGUACUUCGCCCUCAGCAUCUCCCUUCACAUCUGGGUGAUGAACUUACGCUGGAAAAACUCCAACCGCUUCGUCUGGACCGAUGGACUGCAAACACUGUUUGUGUUUCAGAGACUAGCGGCUGUCCUGUACUGUUACUUCUACAAGCGGACAGCUGUGCGUCUGGGGGACCCUCGCUUCUACCAGGACUCGCUCUGGCUGCGUAAGGAGUUCCUGCAAGGUCGAAGGUGACCUCUUCAGAUCCCUGGAAUGGCGCUGUUCCUUCCUGGUGCUGCUCCCAAGGGGAGGUUGCCCUCCUUGGACGCGUGCAGGCCUGUGUGGCCAGCCUCCCCUCUUGCAUAUUCAAGUGUUCGAGUCCCUCCUGCCUACCUCAGUCCCGUGCCCCACCCUCUCCUGCUCCACCCCUUCAUUAUCUUCUCAGAACCUCUGACUUCUGGGAGCUCUGUGGCUGUCCUUUUGUGUGUGUGGCACAGGAGAACCUCCCGGGCCUGCUUUCCAUGCACCACACGCACUCAUGGCUGAAUGGGCCCAGAGGGAGGCCCCUGGGCGCCUGAGUGCCCACACCUCCGACUCUUAGAUUGAUUCCCAAGAUACUUCCCCCCAACACACACACAUUUCCUAAAUAGGGAAUAAAUGGAUUUUUCCCCUA